CGCUGCGCAGCCGCCGCGCCGGGCACCCACCUGCAGCCGCCGGCGCUGGGCUCGGGGCGCGGAGGGGCGCGCAGGCGGCGGGCGGCGCCGGGCUCGGGCUCGGGCGCGGAGCGGCGCGCAGGCGGCGGCGGCCAGGCCCGGCCCCGCGGCGGGUGAGUGUGGCUGGAGGAGCUGGCUCCCCCUGGAUGGUGGAAAUCCUCAGCAGCAGCAGCAGCAGCAGAGCAGCACAGCAGGAGCCAUGUCUCUGCCCUUCCGAAAGGAGCUGGAGAAGUACAAGAACAUCAACGAAGAUGAAAUACUCAGCAAGCUCUCAGAGGAUGAACUGAAGCAGCUAGAACAUGUUCUUGAUGACCUUGAUCCUGAGAACGCCCUGCUGCCAGCGGGAUUCCGGCAGAAGGACCAGACCACGAAGCCUGCCACGGGCCCCUUCGACAGAGAGCGCCUGCUCUCCUACCUGGAGAAGCAAGCUCUGGAGCACAAGGACAGAGAGGACUUCGUACCCUUUACAGGGGAAAAGAAAGGAAAAAUAUUUAUCCCUAAAGAAAAGCCCGUAGAAACCCGCACAGAAGAGAAGGUGACCCUGGAUCCAGAACUAGAAGAGGCCCUGGCCAGUGCUUCCGACACCGAGCUCUAUGACCUUGCAGCUGUUCUUGGAGUGCACAACAUGGUCAACAACCCAAAAUUUGAUGAAGCAGGAGCCCGCGGUAAAGAUGGAAAAGGAAUCGUGAGAAAUGUGGUGAAAGGUGAAAAGGUCAAGCCCAUCUUUGAGGAGCCACCUAAUCCAACCAAUGUGGAAGCAAGUUUACAAAGGAUAAAAGCAAAUGAUCCCGGUCUCACAGAAGUUAAUCUCAACAACAUAAAGAAUAUUCCUAUUCCAACACUGAAAGAAUUUGCAAAAGCUCUGGAAACCAACACACAUGUGAAGACAUUCAGCCUUGCAGCUACUCGAAGUAAUGACCCCGUAGCUAUUGCAUUUGCAGAUAUGUUGAAAGUGAACAAAACACUGAAGAGUCUGAAUGUAGAAUCCAACUUCAUCACUGGGACAGGGAUUUUGGCACUGAUUGAUGCUCUGAAAAAGAAUGAAUCCCUAACAGAGAUUAAAAUUGACAACCAGAGGCAGCAGCUUGGGACAGCUGUGGAGAUGGAGAUUGCCAAGAUGCUGGAGGAGAACUCCAGGAUUCUCAAGUUUGGAUAUCAGUUCACAAAACAAGGUCCAAGAACCAGGGUAGCAGCAGCUAUCACUAAAAACAACGAUCUGGUUCGGAAGAAGCGGGUGGAAGGGGAGCGGCAGUAGCCACAGCACCAGGACACCAGGCAGGACUGGAGGCCACCACCCACUGCAGCCUCAGAGCGCUCACUGCUCACCAGGGAAGGCACUGGAAAACUAUUACAAUGGGAGUUGCUGAUUUCUGUUAAUGUCUCCUUUUAACCUUGAAAAGAGAGCCUGCUCAUUUUUAAUUUUCAUGGUUAAUUUAAUUCUUAUGAGAAAGGUUCAUAGUUGGUUUGAUUUUAAUGAAGAAAAUGGUUUGCAGUAUCUGAAGCCAAUAUGCAGCAUCUUAACUGUGUUACUGAGCAUAACAUAUAGUGACUCUGACCCUUAUUUUAGACACUUUUUGAUAUGUAAACAUAUGACCUUGUAUAUGGAAAAGGGAUUCUCUGCUGAAAAUAGAAAUUUUAGGGCCAAGUUCUGCAAUGCCUUAUGUUUGUGAAUAAUCCUUACUUAUGUGUAUAGUCCUGCUGAACUGAAUCCUGCAAUGGGCUGCUCCCAGGAGUAGAACUAGUGAUGCCAGUACAGGUUUGCAGGUUCACGCCUCUGAGCCUCUCUCCUGCAGGGAUCUGGGCAGCUGGAAGCACCUUGGAACAGCUCCUGUCACCCUUGCUGGGUGUCCACCUGUCCAGCUCCCAGUGCAGGAUCACGCCUAGACGUAUAAACAUUGUCAAAGCGUACUUGUUUACAUACAAGCUUAGGUUAGGUGGAUCAUUUUGCAAUGGUACACUGAUGUUUUUUAUUCUUACUCCACAUUGUAUAGUAAUAUUAGUGCUGCCAAUCCUGUAGACAUUGAAUGUUUUGGGUUUUUUUCCUAGGCCAACAAGUUUUUGUUUGCUACUAGAAUGCACAGUUUACAGCUAGUGAUCUUAACCUAAACGAGUAUUCUGAGCAAUAUUUGUUUUGCUUUGAGCCAUGAGUUUGACUUUUUUUAGUUCUGUAUUUAUGUAUGUUUGUUAGCAUUAUAGGACUGUUCUCAGGACCUUUUAGAUGAAGAUUAAUUAAAUACUUAAUCCAGGAGAGCCACUGUGCUACCAGGGAAAGACAUUAAAGGGGUAGUUUUGACAGCUACAUGACUAACAUUUAUAUGCUGCAGCUGAGGUUUGUCCCUGUAUCACAAGGCACAUGAGUAUUUGUGCCAGUGCUUAUCUGAAUAAGGGCAGAUUUAAGCACAUGCACAAAUGAUUUGCUAAAUCAUGGCCUUAACUGACAUGCUGGACAUUACCUUAACUCACGAAGCAGCAGCUAACCCCAGGGCUCAAUAGCAUUGAAAUUUCAGUAAGAAUUGAAUAUGAUGAUUCAUUUUGUGUAUUUCACCAUCUAAAACUACUCUCUACCACAGUUGUAUCACUGCCAACAGCUGACUGACAGCCAGAGGUUCAUUUUGGUUCCACGUGUGCAUGCUGUGAGAGCCAGGGGACGCUCAGGUCAGAUGUCCCCAAGGUCACACACCCCAAGCUUUCAGGAAGCUGCAGAAAUGCCCCUGCAGCCAGCGCUGUCACCUGGGGCA